AUGGAGUAUAUUCAGCCCAACCAUAUUUAUUCGCGCAUCUUGAACACUAUUCCCUGGAAGUCCGCAGAUUCAUCGAUCAAAGGUGAUCCGCGGAAAAGUGUAAAGUGGAUUGAUGUGCGUUCGCAUCUCAGCCUUGCAUGGAUGAACCUUCUUGCUAACUUCAAUUCACAGGGCCUCCGAGGAAUCGCUUCAUUCCUAGUUAUCCUCACUCACCUUGCCCGAGCGUGGGAUUAUGACCUCUUCGCCCCUCGCGACGAUGUUGACACACCUCCUCGAAUCCUGCAGUGGCCCGUCUUCCGUAUUCCGUGGCAAGGCCGUCUGGGAGUUACCAUCUUCGCCUUCUUGACUGGCUACGUUUGCGCUCUUAAGCCACUCAAACAAUCUCGGAAUGGUGAUAUCCUUGGAUCCUUUACAUCGGUUAGCAAGAGUGCCUUCCGCCGGCCACCUCGCCUCAUCUUCCCUGCGACUAUCGCCUUGCUUAUAUCCUGGGUCAUGGCACAAUUUGGCGCCUUUGUCACCGCUAAUCGCUCCGACUGUUGGUGGUGCCGUUACGCAGCCGUUGAUUUAGAACCUAAUUUUUGGGACGAGUUUGUCCGGCUGUUCAAGACUUUCCUAGAGGUUUGGACUACUGGCUAUAUGGCGUACGAUGACCACCAGUGGGCUUUGCUUCCGUUGCUCCAGGCCUCCAUGUUGGUUUACGUCCUUGUCUGCGCAACAAUGUUCUGCAAGUUCCGAUUCCGCAUGGCCAUCUACGUGGGAAUGUACCUCUACUUCCAUCAAAACGCAGCGCCCAACACCGGUAUGUCCUCUGAGAAAUCCAGAAUUCCUACCCCGGGUAUUAAUCAACAAACAGAAACUUUCCAAAUGCAGGCAAUCUACGGCAUGUUCCUCAGCGAUCUCUCAUAUGAAACCGGGUUCAAGAAAUUCGUCGAGCGCCACAGCUGGGGCCGCAAACUCGUGGCAAGCUUCCUUAUCUGCCUUGGCCUCUUCGUCUGUUCCUACCCCGGAGAGCACCCAGAGUGGGCCACAUGGUCAACCUACAUGGAACAAGCAUCACACUACCUCUUUCCUCCAAAAGUCAACGUCGGUAGACGCUACUCCGCCCUGGGCGUCGACCUCAUUAUUUUCGCCAUCUACAUCUCACCCUCGAUCAAGGACUUCCUCUCCGGCCGUCUCCUGCUCUGGCUCGGCAAGCAGAGUUUCGCCGUGUACCUCGUGCACGGCACCCUCCUCCGCACCGUUCUCUGCUGGAUGCUUUACGGAAUUACCGGUCAGCCCUGGGAUGGCGACAUUGUCGACGAAAAGGGAAAUCCAAUCUACGGCGAGGACGGCGAACCCCUCCAUCCGCACUGGAUUCCCAUCCGCGCACCUUGGGUCGUAGCUCUCAGUAUCCCGACUUGGAUCGCGCUGGUCUACUUCUGCGCCACUUUGUGGACGGGAUAUGUCGACCCCUUCUGUGCGCGCAUGGCGCAAAAAUUGGAGAAGUGGAUGUUCGACGAGGGCGAGCAGGCCCCGCCCCCGCUGCCUAUGACUAGCAUCCCUAUGCAGACAGCUUAA